GGCAAUAUAACAAAAUGCACACAGAAAACAUUUUUGAAAAUAAAUGCACAUUUAUUUGUUCCAACUGUGCAUGUCUAAAAGCUAGUGACAUCUUGCAACUUCAGUUAGAGGGGAGAAGGGAGCUCUUCACAGUUCCAACUCAAUUGCUUGAUUUAAUUUUAGAAAUCUAAAUGCUACUUGCAAUUUAUUAUACACUAUGAAUGGGAAAAAGGGAAGGUGCUAUUUCACCUGCUGGGGAACCCACUUUCAUGAACCAGGCAGCCUGUGGGGUUCACAAAUGCCAAAAGUAGUUGUAAGUCUUUGAUAUCUUAUUGCUUCAGGUGUUUUCUAUGAGAUUGGUAGCUGCCACAGCUUCCACUCUGCCAGACAAAUACACUUCUUAUGUGACUAGGGAACAUGUGCAUAUGACACUUCAGAACAAUGAAUUUGUCCUGAAAUGGUAACAGCAGCUGGUUUGAUUCUAGAUCCUUAAAGAGACACUUCUGAAAGGGUGGUGAUUCUAGAAAAGAGGCACCUAAGUUAUUUGUAUUCACUGCCUGUAUGAAUUAAUUUUACACUUGAAACCAUAUGUUGCUUUGAACAUGACCUACAGUUUCACAGGAUUAAAAGCCGAGACUGAGGAGUUCUCCAAGCUUGUGGAAGUUCUCUUUCCUUUUCCAAAUCUGUGCGUUUUUGAGAGUGUCAGCAAUGUUUGUUUGCCAAGAAACACUGCCAGCUCUUUCAGCCACCCUGGUGGGGCUGGCCCAGCUCCAACGAGCCCAUAUGAGGUCACGAGCUCCAGGGUGACUGGAUUCAGCGUCUCACCUCCAUGGAGACAGAACCUCUCAGCAGGAGAGAUAAUAAACAGACAGGAGAAAGAAAAUACCUGGGGCUCCAUGGCUCAAGUUGAGAGAGGGGCAGGGGUGGCCAACUCCACAGGUGAUCCAGAGACAGGCAAAGAUAUGGAAGAUCUGACAAAAGGCCUGGAGGAACUCUGUGAUAUCUCUAAGGAGAGGAGGGAGAAGGCACUGCUGCUUUCACACCUAGAAGAGCAGCAUCAUCUUAUCUCUAUGCUGACAAAGAAAGCAGAUGACACACACAAACGCUGCAGGGCCCUGGAGCAGCUCAACAUGGAGCUGGAGAAACUAAGGACAGAGGAUGCUCUGAAAAUUAAAAACCAGACUCUGCGAAUUCAGCAUUUGGAGGGGCGCUUCAUGGAUCUGGCCAACAACCAUGAGAAGAUGAUCCAGUUCAAGAAUGAGCACAGGAAACGGCACAUGCAGCUGUGGGAGGAGAACAAGCGCCUGCGGCAGAAGAAGGAAGCGCUCUUCAGCCAGGCUGUGAGGGAGAAGGAAGCUGAAGUGCUCCAGCUAGCUGCCCAAGCCAGGAAGCUCUCACAGCAGUUGUACUCCCUGCAGGAGAAACAUGCUUACGAGAGUUGCAGAGCCCAGGAGAGAGAAAAGGAGCUGCUAGAAGCUCAGAGCCACCAAGCAGGUGCCUACACCCAGGAAGUGGAUUCACUGAAAAAGCAGCUGCAACUCCUACAGGAGAGGCACCAACAAGCUGUUGCAAGGGCAGAGCAGGCAGAAAGUCAGCAGAGGGCUCAGAGCACUGAACUGCAGGCUGAGCUGGAGAGGGCACACAAGGAGAAAGAGCAGCUAUUGAACCUGGCCAUGGAGAGGGGCAAAGCUCUGCAAGAUAAGGAACGGGAGAUUCAGCACCUGGGGGAGAAGCUGGAGACUGCAGAAGAAGCCAUGCAGAGAGCACAAAGGUGCUCUGAGAAAGAGGCAGCAGCAGUGGACAAAGAUCUGAAGGUCCAAGAGCUCCAAGGACAGCUGGAAAGCAGCAAGCAGGCAUACAACGAGCUCUGUCUGCAGUUCGAUGCUUACAGAAAGCACAGUAUGGAUUUGCUAACUAAAGAAAGAGCACUGAAUGUCAAACUCCGUCACUUUGUUGCAUAACUGCAUCGUUUUCCUCUCUUCUCCUCUUGGCAGGUGCCUCUACGGUAACACACCACUGCAUUGGGGCUAUUUUCUGGAUUCUUUGUAACAUCCUCAUCAGUUUAAACCCCCCUACAAGGACUAUUUUUUGUCAUUGCACUUUUAGCUAGGUAAAUCUCUACACUGUUAAA